GCAAAUAUGGAGCGGGCGGGCGAAAGGACGGCACGUCCGCUGACAGGGUUCGAUGAAGAAAGCUCCGCUCCGGUCCCUGAGAUGCUCGGAUCACUUGAGGGCUCGCCGCCUUGGCUGCAGUCCCCGGACUCGGGCUGGGAACGACUUCGAGAGCUCUUUCGGCGGGACGAACACCGGAAAUUCCCAGAAGAAUCUAUCUAUAUCAUUAAAACAACAUUUACAGCGGGUCUUGUUGGCUUCGUCUAUGGCGGUAUACCUGGAUAUGUAAAUGCCAAAAAACAGUACAUUGAGCAAUGUGGGGGAGAACUCUACCAUAAUCGGCUGGAUGCUGUGCAAUCUAUGCAACGUACAGCAAACAGGGGAUUCAUCCGAUAUGGUUGGCGGUGGAGCUGGAGAGUUGCUGCUUUUGUGACAAUAUUCAAGCAAGUGUAUUUUUGUUACCUAUGGGAGAUGAGCAGGAGGCUGUGUUCAUGAUGGAUGAUCCUACAAUUCAACAAUAACCUACAAUUCUAGGAUAAUAUUGUAAUAAUAUUAUAAUAUAUGAAUAUUAGAUAUAAAAUGGUUACUGUUCCCCUUCUACUGUUUCUGCAUUUCUAAUUCUCUUUUAUUUUCUCAGCAGCGUAUUUCUAUUCUCAAAUACGCUAUUGAGAAAAAUAAAAUUAAAAUAGAACUAAGGAAGACUCAGGGCUUGGUUAUGUCUUAUGCUUUCAAAAAGAAUUUUAUAAUAGUUCCCUUCCAAAACAAAAAAUAAAACAAGAGGGUCAAAAUCA